GUGGCAAUGAUGAUGAAUCGUUAUAUCAUCAAAAUACACUGUUGUUUACAUUUUUUGCAUAAAAUCAUGAUUUUUUGUCAAGUUGGUUAGUUAUUUAUCCAGUUUAUUCAAGUGUCAAAAAUUUUAUAGUCAAUAAGUUGGGAUUCGGUCGGUUUGACGUUGGCGGAGUCGGAGGAACUGGGAAACACAAUUCAGCUGUAACCUACGUUUUACGUUAUGUUACGUAGGUGUAAAAAAAUCAAUUAAUUGCAGAUUAAUUUAAUUGGAAAUUAAAUCCUCGUCGUCAUUCUUCGUUGGUCCGACAAUCCAGUAAAUUGUGUGCCUACUCGUACAUAUAUUAUGAUUUAAGUCUUCCGUUGAUAUAUCUGUGCAAUCUGUUGAAGUUUUUGUGGUUGAAAAAUUCCAAUUUGGAAUUGGAUUCGGUUAAUUCGGAAUUGGUGGUUUUUAACGAUAGAAAUUUUAUAUUAACUCGGAAAUAUGACGGAAGAGGUGGUGCCAAAACCUACUUGGGAAGAUUUACGGAAAUUGGCGAGAUACCUGGAAAAUGAGAUUGAUACCAAGUUGGUGUCUUACAGCAAAAUGGGAGCAAAUACAACAUUCAUCUCCCCAGCAUCCGACUCAGACAGCGACACGAGCCCUCUUCUCGCCAGCGACAGGAUGGUUGAAUCUCUGUCUGAAGAGAUUGACGUCCUCUUGCAACAAUUGUCUCAGGUCAAUAACGACAUGACGGAAAUUUCCACCGCCACGCCAGGACUUGCCACUCGAGCAUUGGUCCACACACUUCAACGACAUCGAGACAUCUUACAAGAUUACACACAGGAAUUUCGAAAAACUCGUAACAAUUUGAAAAGUCGUAGAGAACGGGAGGAACUCUUGACCGGGGUGAAGAAUGAAAUUGAUUCUAGUAAGAACGCGCUAAAUCGUCGAAUGGACUUGUACAUGAAGGAAAAUGAUCAUCUCGUCAGUUCCGAGCGAAUGGUAGACGAACAAAUUCGAAUUGCUAUCGACACGAAAGAGAAUCUUGUCACACAACGGGCUGCCUUUAAGAAAAUCCAACACAGAAUGAAUGAUCUUGCUUCGAGAUUUCCGGCGAUCAACAAUCUGAUUCAGAAAAUCAACUUCAAGAAGAGAAAAGAUUCCAUCAUUCUUGGCUGUGUGCUGGGUCUGUGCACUUUUUUAUUCAUUAUGUAUGCCUUUCGAUAAGAAUGAUCAGAUCGAAUAGAUUUCGUCGUGGAACACUAAAUAUCAGAUCAGAGUCUGAUCAUCAGACUGUCCUAUUUUUAUUUAAUAACAUCCAGUCUCUCAUGUUUACCAUAUAUAAUUAAUACUAAGUAAGAAUUAAGUAUGUAAUAUCUCGCUAAUUUUAUACUUGUCCCAUAAGAAUCCAAAAAAUCGCAAUUUAUCGUAAAUUCAGAAAGAAAGUUUUAAAUAAAAUUUUACAACAAAA